AUGAAGAAGAAGAGUACUGGGGAGAUUGUGGAUAAAUGGAUAAAGAUCAAUUAUGAUUAUGUUCCUAAGUACUACAAAAACUGCAAACUUCAAGGACAUAAUGAGCAAGAUUGUUAUGUCAUUCAUCCAGAAUUGUAUCCCAAGGAUGAAGAACAAAGCUUAGACAAAGAACAGGAGGAAAAUAGUAAGGCAGAUCAAAGGAAGAAUAAGGAGCAAAAGAAUGCAAAAAAUAGCAGAUCUGAUAUUAAGGAGUACAAAGGGACAAAUGGUAACAUAAUGAAAGGGAAGGAAAUAGCAGACAAGGUACAGCCUGCAGAGGGCAAUAAUGAUGAUGGAUUCAAGGAGAAGAAAGGAAAACAACGGAAUAACAAGCACUUUCAUAGAGGUAAAUAUGAUGAAAAUGCUUGGAAACCAAAGGAGAAUCAAACUCUGCAAAAUAAUCAAUAUGCAGCAUUGCAGAAUACAGAUGAGGAUAUAGUAGAUGUGACUGAUGUGCAGAAAUCCUCAGGUGUUGUAGUAAAGAUGUCUGAUGCUCUAAAUCAGAUUGUUACAGUACAGCAAAACAGGUUAGGUGAUGUAUUGCAGGAGGAUGAUGAUCAUGAUAGGACUCCAAUAUCAGAGGAGGAAGUGGAGGAUAAUCAAGGAAAAGAAGGACAAGAAGGUACAAGGCCACCAGAGAGUAAUAUUUCUGGCAUCUUUCCUGUGGAACAAGUAGAGAUUUCACAACAUGGAAAGCAAGAGGAGAUACAGGCCCAAGCUGAUUUCAAUAGCCAAGAUGAGGAAGAUUUAGCUCAGAACAUUGAGAAUAUAGCAAAAGAGGCAGAUUUAUCCCCUAGAAGUGUGCAGAAAUUGAAACAGGCAACAAAUAAACAAAAACCUGUCAGAAGUACCAGUAUUCUAGUGGCAGGAGUUUCAACAAGGAGGAAUGAAUGGCUUGGUGUAGUUAUAUCUGAAUCAGAACAGCAGGUUACUUUGCAACUAAUUCACUCAUCCUUAAAUCAAUCAGUGUUGGUGUUAGUAGUCUAUGCUAAAUGUGAUAGAUUGGAGAGGGAGGAGUUGUGGGAUGAUAUGGUAGACUUGGUAAAUCAACAAGACCUUCCUUGGAUAAUAGGAGGGGAUUUUAAUGUCAUAGUGUCUGAUGAGGAGAAGCAAGGUGGCCUUCUAGUCUCAUCCAAUGAGACUUUGGAUUUUUCUACCUGUAUACAAAGUUAUGGUUUGAUUGAUGUAGGAUUCAGUGGAAGUAAAUUCACAUGGUGGAAUGGGAGGACUGAAGAAGAUUACAUAUUCAAAUGGUUAGAUAGAAUACUAGUGAAUCAGCAAGUGUUAGAUAUCAUGCCAUCCACAGCAGUGACUCAUAUGAUUAGACAUGGUUCUGAUCAGGCACCACUACAUCUUGAGUGUAACAGCAAUGCACAUCCUAUUGUCAAAUCUUUUAAGUUUCUUAACUUCUGGACAAAGCAUCAUACAUUUAUGGAGGUGGUAAGGGAGAAUUGGACUGCUGAUUUCUGUGGAAAUCCAUUCAAUGUAUUUCAUCACAAGUUGAAGAAACUUAAAAGAGAACUGAUUCAGUGGAGCAGGAGCACAUAUGGGAAUAUAUUUCAGCAGAUUGCCACUAUUAAAGAUACUAUAAAGGUGAAGGAGUUGCAAUUUGAAAAUAAUGCUUCAAGGGAGAAUAGAAUGUUGUUACAUCAAGCACAGGCUGAACUAACCAGAUUUUUACACUUGGAGGAAGAGUAUUGGAAGCAGAAAGCUGGUAUGAAAUGGUUCAAUGAUGGAGACAAAAAUACAAAAUUCUUCCAUUCAUAUGUGAAGGGCAGGAGGAAUAAACUAACUCUGAAAAGAAUACAAUAUCCUUCUGUUACAUGGUUGGAAAAUGAAGUAGAUAUUGCUUCUGAGGAAAUCAGGUUCUUUGAGUCAUAG